GUUCAAAAUAAAUUCUCAGUGAUAUAAUUUUUUCCAAUAUAGAUUUCAACCUUAUUCAGUCUUACAUUUCAGCUUAUAUCCGCGUGGUUGGGAGCCUAGUUUGAGGGCAGAUGAAGCCUAUCAAGAUUUAAUUUCCGCGUUUAAGAUUUCUAACGUCGAACUAAAGAACCCGUCAGCUCUUCGUCUCGUUCAUGGAGCUGAUUCACCUAGCUUCCCUGACACAUCUUGUCAGCCUUAUGUUUUUAUUUACUAAUGUAUUGGCACAAAAAUACACAAUGAAAGCCAACCCAGAUGGCACGUAUCUAUUAAUACCUGCGUCCGCCGGUACGAAUGGGGAAGGUCUGCUGGAUCUGAAAAAACUGGCUCCUAUUCCAGUCACGAAUACAAAAGAAGCACCUGGGACGAACUCUCAGACUCCACAAAUGGUUAUCGCCAGUAUGCCCACAGCAGGGCAGAGUGGUGCCGCCACACAAGGGACGUCAGCAAGCCAAGGGCCUGGUGUUGCAGGUGCAGCUAGGCCAACGCGCAAACCUGGACUCAGUCCCUCGCAGCCAUCACCAACCGCGCAAAAAACUGGAGCAAAUACACAAAAGAAACCUUCUCAGGGACCAACCCAAGCGCAAGUCACGCAGGGUGGAGCAGGAGGUUCUAGCAAGGGUCCUAGCGGUGGUCCGCCAUGUACCGGACCGACAUGCAAACCUAAACAAAACCUUAUGACCCUCGCACUGAAGGGAAAGGAUGGUGCCGCAGGAAAACCAGGUCCAAAGGGUCCUCCUGGCCCUAAUGGUGCCCCAGGCCCUCAAGGAAGCAAGGGACCGAAGGGUGAACCUGGAACCUGUCCACCAACUCCGUUCCAGUGUUCGCCUGGAAUCUUGGCCACUCUUCAAGCAAAGAUAAAUGCCCUUGAAAAACAGUGCAAGAAUGCCGCAAGUGGUGGUGGUGCGGGCGGAAGUGGUGGUAAAGGAGGUGGACAACCUGGAGGAGGAGGUGGAGGAGGAGGCGGAGGAGGAGGCGGAGGAGGAGCUCCUCCAUGUCAUAUAGGAAAAUGUAAGGAAAACCCAGCCACUAACUGUCAAGUUAUCUACAUUCAAACUCCAAGUUCUCAAAGUGGUACUUAUUGGAUCAAAGGAGUCAAAGGUGCUUUCCAGACUCGUUGCCUGAUGAUAAAAGAUACACCAAAAGAUAUCCAUAACCCGGAUGUAGCCAAACCUCCUAAAGGAGGCUGGACACUAGUGGCCCGAGUAAAUGGCGCUGGCACGGAUUUCUCUCCAAUCAGCGACAACUGGUCGAAUAACGCAACAUUUAACGCGGCAACAUCGCCUGAUUUGACCCAAACGACCUCCAUGAAGAAUGAUGGAUGGAUGAGUCUGAAGGGAAAUGCAAUUCUGUUGUGUUUUACUGGCGGGGAUUCGGGAUGCGCCCCUUUUACUCACAAGCGCGGGACCUCUCUACAAAAGCUCUUCAAAAGUCAAUUCGGAGUCGUUCCCGAGGAGCAGUAUUCCUUUGCUACGUUAUUAAAAGCUUUUGAUAAAAGCUGCGACCUCUCUGUUCUGCGGCAAGGAUGGUGCGGACUCAACAUGGCCAACACAUGCGAUCCAACUAAAGAGGACCCUAACUCUAAGCCAAUAACCACGACACAUAUCGUACGUAUUGGGUGUAUUGGUGAUCGUGCGGCAACCUGCUUCCCCGAUGACUAUGCACUGGGGGUGGGGGUGAGUAGCUGUAAGGACGGGUAUGGCUGCUCUACGGUGGGUGAAUCCAAGAACAUGCAUUACCGGUGUGAUUAUAUACACGGGACAUUUAUGCAGACAGGAUUUCUGUACGUGAUGUAAUGAUGAAAAAGAUAAAUAUGCAUGCAAAUGCUUUAUGCCAUGAACACAUAUAUGUGACCUAGAUGACGUCAGUGUGACGUAUUUAUGACAUCAAGACUUGUAACUGACCUAAGUAAAGUCAUACCUGAUAUAUGACGUGUUUAUGACACCAAGAUAUAUAAGUGACCUAUAUAAUGUCAUACAUUAUAUAUGACGUAUUUAUGACAUCAAGGCAUUUAUGUGACCUAAAUAAAGUGACCUUAAAUAUGACACAGCUGUGACAGCAGAGAAUAGGCUAUCUUUGAAGCAAGAUUCUAAAUUACUCUGAUCCUAAUCUGCACAUACCUAUGACAUCGGAAGAUAGACAAGAAAGGAUAUCCCUAAUUUCUAGGCACGUGCUUCCGGUUGCUAUCAACCCCUUAAAAAAACACGUAUAUGAAAAAGUCAUUGCGGCCAUUUUGGAUGACCGGAGAUUUUUGAAACCAUCCAAUAUGGCAGCCAUGCGGCCUUUUAAAAUCUCGUUCUCCUCUGUAUCCUUCCUAGAUUGAAGUUGUUGAACAACAAACCAUAUUUCCAAAAAAAACAAAAAAAAAAACGAUAUGAAUUUUUAAUCUCUACCUGCAUAUAGGCAAACAAGUUUUGCAAACAACUGCUUUUUAUUGUGGAUCCGGAAGAGUGUUUUUUAUGAAUGUCGUAAAAUGUAGCAGGUAGUCAAAGAAAAAUAUUUGCAGUAAAACGUAAAGGUAGUUAUUGGAAUAAUCAUUUAUAGAAUUAGUGACUUAGAAUGAAAAGCGAAUAAAAGAUGAUUUUAUUUAA